AGGCCGUCGCCUGCCCUGGCCGCCAUCUUUCUAUCCGGCAAGUUAACAGAGCAAAAUAACAACCCCUUUCGAAUUCAUUUUUCUCCUUUAACCUGUUAUUUCAGAAGCUACAUUCGGUCGGUUAUCAUCCAUAACGCCAUAUAACAGUCGUAGUUGGAUUAAGGCGUUCUUAUACAAAUAUAUAUUCGCCAGAAGACACACUAAGUGUGUGUAGAGGGGGUCGACAUGGGCCGCUCGCGGAGCCGCAGCUCCUCGCGCUCCAAGCACUCCAAGAGCAGCAAGCACAGCAAGAAGCGGAGCCGCUCCCGCUCGCGGGACAAGGAACGGGCCAAGAAGCGCUCCAAGUCCCGCGAGUCCAAGAGGAACCGACGAACCCGCGAGGCGUCGCGGUCCCGCUCGCGGUCCAACACCGCGGCGGCCGCUCAGCGCCGGGAGAGGGUACCCGCCUCGCCCCCGGAGCGCAUCGACAUCUUCGGCCGGACACUGAGCAAGAGGAACGCACUGGACGAGAAGCAGAGGAAGGAGGAUGAGGAGAAGAAGGUGGAGAUGGAGCGACAGCGAAAGAUCCGGCAGCAGGAAAUCGAGGAAAAGCUGAUCGAGGAGGAGACGGCGCGCCGCGUGGAGGAGCUGGUGGGCAAGCGCGUGGAGGAGGAGCUGGAGAAGCGCAAGGACGAGAUCGAGCAUGAGGUGCUGCGGCGCGUGGAGGAGGCCAAGCGCAUCAUGGAGCGGCAGCUGCUGGAGGAGCUGGAGCGCCAGCGGCAAGCCGAGCUGUCUGCCCAGAAGGCCCGAGAGGAAGAAGAAAAAUCCAAGCGGGAGGAGCUGGAGAAAAUACUGGAGGAGAAUAACCGCAAGAUCGCGGACGCCCAAGCCAAGCUGGCGGAGGAGCAGUUGCGCAUCGUUGAGGAGCAGAGGAAGAUCCACGAGGAGCGUAUGAAGCUGGAACAGGACCGGCAGCGGCAGCAGAAAGAGGAGCAGAAGAUGAUCCUAGGGAAGGGCAAGUCCAGGCCCAAACUCUCCUUCAGUCUCAAAGCCACGGAAUGAGAGACCCAGAGAGAGAGACAAACUGCUCCUCUUCCACCGCUUCGCCCCGCGCACCACCUCCCCGGCUGCUCCUCUCCUUGUUGUCUCUAUCCACCCACCUCCUCCUCUUCCACCUCCUCCUGCUCCUCUCCGCAACUCCACUCCUCGCAUCCUCCUCCUAUCCUGAAUGCACGCUUCGUUUUUGGAAGUGCCCAAGGAAGGCCGGGGACUCCAGGGGGGGAGGCAGGAGAUCCUGCGUCUCGACCCCUUAAGCCCUCCGCUCCCCCAAGACCUGCGUCCUCCAGGUGCCCAUGGAGGAGGAUGGAUCGGUUCACCCUAAAAUGACCUCAGCCGCUCCGGUUCUUAUCCCUCCUCCCUGACCCCUCACACUGAUGGCUAGUUUUUGCUAUUCUUUUGGGUUUUGUUUGUUUGGAUUUAGUUUCAAUUUUUAACGAACUUUGAACUUUUGGUGUAGAAUGCUAAUACACGAUGAUGCCCUCGUCCUCCAUCAUAGGUCUUAACUUUGUUCCAAGGAGUAAACCCUCUGCCCUUCUCUCUCUCUCUCUCUCACUCUCAUGCUCUCCCUCAGUCUCUCUCUCUGUAAAGCCAGACAGCUUAAGGAUGCCCUCUUUAUGCCAUGGGUGACUGCAUGUACAGCCCAGCUGUGUUCAGUUGGGCGUCUUUAACACCGUGGUGUGCAGCUUGGGAGUCGGUCCUGUGGUUUCCUUUGCUCUGACCGCCAUGUUUUCGUUGUUUAUUUAUUUAUUUUUUUAGAAAGAACAAAAAAUAACACAUUGAAACAAAAAGGCAGUUGGCUGUGAACCGAUCAUAACCGUGUGUUUGCAAAAAAAACCACAAACACAUGCCCGCUUUCCUUCUUUCUUCUGUAACUCCUAAAUUCACUCUUAUUUCAUGACUUUUUUAGUACACUUGAUCUAAAAACUAUUCGCAAAGGAAAGGUGAAGCAGGUCAAUUCCCAAGCUGCCUGGCCCAAGGGCAGGAAGUAAACAAUAACGUGGCAGGGGGGGUUGUGGUUUCCUGUAUGAUGUAAUGUUAAUUAGCAUUUGCUGUGAUGUGCUGUCCUGACACACCCCUCAUGAUUGUGUCAUGAAAAGGAUUCCAUACUCAGAAAAUCAAUCUAUACAGUGUCCGUAUAGUUUUUAUUGGACUUUAGAAAGGGGUGGGGGGGGGGGGGGUUGUCUCUUGGUUAAAUUGUACCGCUGGUAAUCCACAUUAUGUCCCUUGCUGUUGGUGUAGUCAGUCAAUUUAGCAGCCUCUGUUUUCGUUAACUUUUUUUUCAUAAAGGAUGGCCAAGUUCAGGUAAGAGAUACGGUGCAUGGUCGAGGUCAGUGUGUGUGCGUGUGCGUGUGAGUGUGAGUGCGCGUGUGAGUGUGCGUGCGUGUGUCUCUGACGCACUGGCCUCAGGUGGGUAUGACUUCAGUUUUUUUUUUGAGAUUGUCUUGUAAAUUUCACCCAAUUGUUAAGGGACUAAGCAAGUCACCCAAUAAAUUCCUUGAAUGCGUAAAUUGA